GCAGGGCUCCGGCUGCCGCGGCUCACUCGCCCGCUCUCAGGGACAGCAUGUGGCCGCUGCGGCUGCUCACGGCUCUGCUGCUUCUGGCUGCGGUGGGCACACGAGCUGAGGACCACCCGAAGGCCGUGGUGACCCUGGACCCUGAGUGGGACAGGGUGCUUCGGGACGACAAAGUGACGCUGAAGUGCCAGGGGAGCCACACAGAGGACGGCCCCACACAGUGGUGGCACAAGGAGCACCUCCUGCCGAGCCAGGCCCCCAGCUACUCCAUCGAGUCGGCCAAAGUCAACGACAGUGGGGAGUACAGCUGCCAGUCUCCGGGCACGCAGCGCAGCGACCCCGUGCGGCUCCAGGUCCACGCCGUCUGGCUGCUGCUCCAGGCCCGCCACUGGGUGGUCCAGGUGGGGGACUCCAUCCGGCUGAGGUGCCACACCUGGAAGAACUUUCCCAUCUACAAGGUCCAGUACUUCCAGGACGGCGUAGGCAAGCAGUACACCUACCAGUAUUCUGACUUCUACAUUGAAAAGGCAACAGCCGCGCACAAUGGCUCCUACUUCUGCAGGGGCCUGAUCGACAAUCGUCGGAACGAGUCUUCGGAGGCCGUGUAUGUCACCGUGCAAGGCCUCCGCCCGCUCACCUCCGUCCCUGCCCCCUUCGGGAGACUGGUCACCAUCUCCCUGGCAGUGGGGCUCCUGUUUGUCUUGGACACGGGGCUGUAUUUCUCUGUGUGGAAAGACCUUCAAAGCUUAUUGAAAAAAAGGGAGGAAGGCGGUCACAUGAAGUAGGAGCCCUGAGGACACGCAGCAGCAACCACCGCAGAGCCUCCGACCCCCUCGCUGCGUCCAUGGUCUCCACCCCCCACCUCUGGGAACAGCAGGACACCCCCGCCCCCCGCCAGAGUCUGGGCCCGGGGGGCUUUUACCAGCUCUGCUUUCUCUUGGUCUCCAAUGAAAAGAGAAGGCUUGGUUUUUUAAAAACA